CGUGAGCCAAUCAGAGGGCUGUCAGCACGUGGCUGAGAGAGGACUCAAGAGCCAGGCAAUUGCAGUUCAAUCCACAUGGUAAUAGUGUCCUGAUCAGGAAGAGGGCUAGUGGGUUUGCUGGUGGCAAAAAAAAGGAAGAAAAGAAAAGCAAUCGGAACCAGGGAGAGACAGAGAGUGAGAGAGACACUGAGGGGAACAUUGGAAGGAGAAAGAUGAAUAAUCAGUAUCAAGAUGAAAGUUCAGAACGAAAUGAGUGUAAAAGUAAAUCUCCAACUUUACUCUCCUCGUAUUGCAUAGACAGUAUUCUGGGCAGGAGGAGUCCCUGUAAAAUGAGAUUGAUAGGGGCACAGAGUAUCCCUUCUUUGGCCAGCAGGACUGAACAGAGCAAGCCUGUGGAAGGUUCCCAGAAAGAUAUUCUUCCUUUUGAUAGCGAACUCCAUUUACCUCCUAAGCUACGCCGACUGUAUGGACCUGGAAACAAAUUUUUGGAUUCCACACGGGGAUUUACUGACUCAGGGGAGAAGGUGGACAAAGACAGGACUUCCGAUGCAACAUGCUGUGAUACUUUGAAAAUCAUCCAGGCUCCUCCGGUAAGCAUUAGUCGCAGUAAAUCUUACAGAGAAAAUGCACCCUACUCCCAAGGAGUCCUUGGAGAAGAAAAGGGUCCCGGGCUGGUCACCGAGGCAAGGCUGGAUGUUGACUCUCUCAAAUAUGAAGAGGAGGAAGAUGAAGAAGAAGAGGAAGAAGCAAAGGAAGAGUUGUGUGUGGAGAGCGAUCUUUCCCCAAAAGGAGGCGAGGAGCUGCAGGCCGAUACAGAUGGCAAGGAUGGGGAGGACAGUGUGUGCCUUUCAGCUGGCAGCGAUUCGGAGGAGGGGAUGCUUAAGAGAAAACAGAGGCGGUACAGGACUACUUUCACCAGUUACCAACUUGAGGAGUUGGAGCGAGCUUUUCAGAAAACGCACUACCCAGAUGUAUUUACCAGAGAGGAGCUGGCCAUGCGUCUUGAUCUGACAGAAGCCAGAGUACAAGUCUGGUUUCAGAAUCGAAGAGCUAAAUGGAGAAAGCGGGAGAAGGCCGGUGCCCAGACUCAUCCCCCAGGUUUGCCUUUUCCCGGUCCUCUAUCGGCUGCCCAUCCUUUAAGCCCUUAUCUGGACACAAGUCCUUUCCCUCCUCAUCACCCAGCUCUUGAUUCGGCUUGGACAGCGGCAGCAGCGGCAGCAGCAGCAGCCUUCCCCAGUUUGCCUCCCCCACCUCCUGGAUCGGCCUCUCUACCUCCAGCUGGAACCCCACUAGGACUUAGCACUUUCCUGGGAGCAGCAAUGUUCCGACAUCCUGCUUUCAUCAGCCCUGCAUUUGGCAGACUGUUUUCCACCAUGGCCCCCCUAACCAGUGCUUCCACUGCUGCUGCCUUGCUGAGACAACCUACUCCCACAGUGGAAAGUGCAGUCCAGUCCAGUGGUCUAGCGGACCCAGCAACAGCCGCUGCAGAUAGACGAGCCUCCAGCAUAGCAGCACUGAGACUCAAAGCAAAAGAACACGCAGCUCAGCUCACACAACUCAACAUCCUCCCCGGAAGCAAUACUGGGAAAGAGGUGUGCUGAAUACACGUCACCUCAUACAAUAGCAAUCAAGACCAAAUGGAGUGAGAGGACCACUGACUGACUCAAGAGACAGGUUCUCAACGUAAGAACUUUAAGAAAAUGGAAGCGUCAUUUUAUGAAAGUUUUAAGUAGCUAAGCGUAACACAAAAGCACCAGUUUCAUUUUCAGCUAAACAGCAUCACAUUUACUUUUUUUCUACCAGAAGCUAUAAUAGUCACAAGCGAACGUCUUAUGCUUUUGCAGUUUACAAGAUGCAGCCAAAAACCUCUGAUCUCCACACAUUGUGUACCAGAUUUCAUAGAAACACCUGGAAGAUUUCAGAUUAACGUGAUCUAACCAUAAAUAUUUGUGCAUUAUUGACGAUCUGAAAUGUAGCCUUUCGGUAUGAACAUCUGUUGAAUAUUGAUGUAACUUCAUUGUUACAUGUACAUUUGGACAUCGCUACCUAACUGGAUGCUCUUUCUUCGCAAAAUGAGUAACCUGAUGCUGUAAAAUACAAACUGUGCACUUAAAGAAAAUGAACAGCUCCUGCCUGUGAUACCUUCAUAACAUUAACCAAGGGUUUUAUACCAAACCAAAGGGAAUUACACUGCCAGUAUAUAUGGACUGUUUAUGUCACUAAACUGUGAUUAGUUUAUGUACAUACAUAUAUAUAAAUAUAUGCCAUUGUUAUUAAAAUUCAGAAAACAGAGCUUUGUAUAUUUGAAAUGUUAUACAAAAUUUGCACUCAGUAUAGUGAUGUAAAGUGUAGAAUUAUUGUGUUUGUGGGUAUGCUAGGUUCCUAGAAAUAUUUAUGUACAAACUUCUUUAUUUAACUUAUUAACUGUAGACGAUUCUGAAGCCUUUAAAUACAACCCUACUUUUUGUGUAA